GCGGCGGCCGGGAGGGGCGGGCGGGGCGGCGGCUGAGCGCCACCUGCCCCGAGCGGCGUCCCCUGCGCGCCGCCCCUGCGUCGGCCGCGCGAGCUGCUCCCCGCGCCCCUGGGCGCCGCGCGGCCCGGGGGAGCGAGCGGAGGGGCCCGCGGCUCCCCCCCGCCCCGCCGCCCGACGGGGCGCGGCCGGGCGCGGCGGCGAGGCUGGGGCCCCGGGCGAUGGCCGCGGAGCUGGCGAUGGGCGCCGAACUGCCCAGCAGCCCGCUGGCCAUCGAGUACGUCAACGACUUCGACCUGAUGAAGUUCGAGGUGAAGAAGGAGCCGCCCGAGGCCGAGCGCUUCUGCCACCGCCUGCCGCCCGGCUCGCUGUCCUCGACGCCGCUCAGCACGCCCUGCUCCUCCGUGCCGUCCUCGCCCAGCUUCUGCGCGCCCAGCCCGGGCGCGGGGGCCGGGGGCGCGGCGGGGCCGCCGAGCGGGGGCCCAGGCGCCGUCGGGGGCGCGGCGGGGAAGCCGGCGCCGGAGGAUCUGUACUGGAUGAGCGGCUACCAGCCCCACCUGAACCCCGAGGCGCUCAACCUGACGCCCGAGGACGCGGUGGAAGCGCUCAUCGGCAGCGGCCAGCACGGCGCGCACCACCCGGCGGCCGCCGCGGCCUACGAGGCCUUCCGGGGCCAGGGCUUCGCGGGCGGCGGCGGCGGCGGCGGGGGCGGCGCGGACGCGCUGGGCGCCGGCCCGCACCACGCGGCGCACCCCCACCACCACCACGCCGCGCACCACCACCACCACCACCACCACGUGCGCCUGGAGGAGCGCUUCUCCGACGACCAGCUGGUGUCCAUGUCCGUGCGCGAGCUGAACCGGCAGCUGCGCGGCUUCAGCAAGGAGGAGGUGACGCGGCUGAAGCAGAAGCGGCGCACGCUGAAGAACCGCGGCUACGCGCAGUCCUGCCGCUUCAAGCGGGUGCAGCAGCGGCACAUCCUGGAGAGCGAGAAGUGCCAGCUGCAGGGCCAGGUGGAGCAGCUGCGGCUGGAGGUGGGGCGCCUGGCCAAGGAGCGGGACCUGUACAAGGAGAAAUACGAGAAGCUGGCGGGCCUCGCGCGGGAGCCCUCGCCGCCGCAGGCCGGGCCCGGCGGCGCCAAGGGCGCGUCCGACUUCUUCCUGUGAGCGCGGGCCCCGGCGCCGCACGGCUUCGCGCGGGACCCGCACUCCGGCCGGGCGCCCGCGCGCGCCCCGCGGCCCCGCCGUCGCUCCGUGCAGCGCGUCUCGGGCGCUGGCCCCCCGCCCCGACUUGGCGGGGUCUUUUAUUUAUUUUGCUUGGAGACUGCGAAAGAAGCCCCGGCGGAGCCCCCUCCUCCCCCCGGCCGGGGCUGCCCUCGGACGCCCGCCAGUCCCGCAUGUGUCGCCUGCCCGCUCGGGGCCCCGGCCCCUGCCCGCCCGUCCCCGCCCUGCUCGGCGUUCCCCGGAGGAGAAGCGAGGCGGCCUUGGCGAUGUGGGGAGGGGUCCGCGGCGCGCCCGGGCCCGGGGCUGGGAGCCGGCCCGGCCUCCCGCGCCGCCGUUUCUCUAUGCACCGCACCGCCUGGGACUCCUGGGAAAUACGUCUUGUUAUUUUAACCCCAAAGAGGAGUGGAAGGGGAAAGUUACGCACACUAUUUCUAGAAGAAAAAAAAAAUUUAAGGGGAAGCUUCAGCCCGAGCUUCCCGGCAUGGGGUGGGUGGAGAACUUGUUUUUAUUUUAAUUUAAAUUGUGUUUCGUUUCGUUUGUGGGAUCGAUUUUAAAAGCCUGGCCGCUGCUGGGCUGGCGGGAGUGGGGGCGGUCCAGGGGGCGGGCGCCCGGCCGCUCCCCGCGCCAGCCGGCGCUGGGCACCCGCGCGUCCCGCGUCCGCCCGCGUCGAAGCGGCGGUCACCGGCUCGUUGGAACUUCGCUUGUGUUGGUUUCUGUUGGGUCCUUUUUUCAUUUGCUACGAAACCGAGGAAAGGGAAAGAAAUACAGAAAUAAAUCCGUUGAGAUCCAACAGUGGCUGCA